GAGCGCGGCCGGGGUGGCGUUGCGAGCCGUCGCGCCUUGGGGUUCGGGCCUUGCGAUGAUCGGCGGCUCCACGGGGUGAGCGCGGGAGGUGGGGCCCGGCGGGGCCGUGGGUGACACUGAGGAGCGCCGGCGUGCGUGGCGGGCCAGGCCGCGGCUGAGAAGAGCAUGCUGUCCUCCCUGCUCUGCCCUGGGGCGCAGCCCACACCUCGUCGCUCCGGGCCGCUCUGGCGACAGAAGCCGGGAGAAGCUCAAGGCGCAUGGGCCAGGGAGAGAGGACGGGAACGGUGUUUUGAUGCAUGUAUCUUAUAAGCAGUAUAAGGCAGAAUUUUGAGCCAAUCUGAGCUGUUUUUCAGUAGGAAAGUGGAACUGUGGUAGAAAGUGGAACUGAGACAUCAGCUGACAUGAGAACUUAGAUGCUCUUCUUCCAUGAUGAACUCACGAACUUUCUGAAUUCUGUGGACUGAAAUUUCAAGCAUUAUUUUUUGACUGCUACUCACUGCUGAAUGCUCAGUUGGUGAAGGUGAAAGACUUUUCACUCAGAAGAAGUAAAUCAAGAAGAAGAACCCGAGCCCGCGUGCCGCCGAGCCGCUGUGGAUGGCCCUGGCCCUGCUGGCCGCCCUUCCUGGGAGGAUGUCGCUGAGGUCCCUCAAAUGGAGCCUCCUGCUGCUGUCGCUCCUGAGCUUCCUGGUCAUGUGGUACCUCAGCCUGCCCCACUACAACGUGGUGGAGCGUGUGAACUGGAUGUACUUCUACGAGUACGAGCCCAUUUACAGACAAGACUUCCGCUUCACGCUUCGAGAGCAUUCCAACUGCUCUCAUCAGAACCCGUUUCUUGUCAUCUUGGUGACCUCGCACCCCUCAGACGUGAAAGCCAGACAGGCCAUUAGAGUUACUUGGGGAGAAAAGAAGUCUUGGUGGGGAUAUGAGGUUCUUACAUUUUUCUUACUAGGCCAACAGGCUGAAAGGGAGGACAAAAUGUUAGCAUUGUCCUUAGAGGAUGAACACCUCCUUUAUGGUGACAUAAUACGACAAGAUUUUUUAGACACCUACAAUAACUUGACCUUGAAAACGAUUAUGGCAUUCAGGUGGGUCACUGAGUUUUGCCCCAAUGCCAAGUACAUCAUGAAGACAGACACUGAUGUUUUUAUCAAUACUGGCAAUUUAGUGAAGUAUCUUUUGAAUUUAAACCACUCAGAGAAGUUUUUCACAGGUUAUCCUCUAAUUGAUAAUUAUUCCUUUAGAGGAUUUUACCAAAAAAACCAUAUUUCAUACCAAGAGUAUCCCUUCAAGGUGUUUCCUCCCUACUGCAGUGGGUUGGGUUAUAUAAUGUCCAGAGAUUUGGUGCCAAGAAUCUACGAAAUGAUGAGUCACGUGAAACCCAUCAAGUUUGAAGAUGUGUAUGUUGGGAUUUGUUUGAAUUUGUUAAAAGUGGACAUUCACAUCCCAGAAGACACAAACCUUUUCUUUUUGUACAGGAUCCAUCUGGAUGUCUGUCAGCUCAGGCGUGUGAUUGCAGCCCAUGGCUUUUCUUCCAAGGAAAUUAUCACAUUUUGGCAGGUUAUGUUAAGGAACACCACAUGCCAUUAUUAAUAUGACAUUCUACCCAAAGCCAAGAGAAGGGCAGGUUACUUUGUGGAAAGUGUUAAAGUUAGUACUGUGAAAUCUCCAGUGGAAAACUCAUGGGAAGGUCACCGUGUGGCUCAUACAGAGCUGAAGCUCGUGAAGGACCCAUAGCCUGGAGGGUUGCACUUGACCUGCAGUUUAUUUUGGCAACAAUCAAGUCAGGCCUUUUAAAGAUGAUAUUCGGAGGAAUUAAACAUCUUAUAAAGGAAUGGGAGGUUUUUGUUAAUAAAAGUAAUAAGACCAACAAUUUGAACAUGUCGUUCUAUAGACUAGAACUUGUUAAAAGUGUUUCAUUAAAUUUUAAGCUCAUUCUUCCGUAACAACAAAGCAGUGUGGAAUACUAGUCCUUGAAUAGUCCAGUCAUUUCAGGGUUUUGUGUAUAUGUUACAUGGAUGACCAGUUUUUUAAAAUACAUAGUUCUGUGUAAAACACUAUAAAGUCAUACCGAACAAAAUUUCAUCUGUUUUUGGUCAGAAAGUACUUCAAGAUGUUGCAGUAUCUCAGAGUUGUCAGUUAUUAGUUAAUAUUACUUCGAGUUUUGCACUUUCUGGGUGUUUGAAUGUUAUGGUUGUUUCAGUACUGUAUAAACAGAAUAGUGAAAGUCACAUUUUAUAUUUAAACUUUUUUCCAGUUACUUCGUUGAUGAGUUUUUUUUUUUGAUACCUCCCUUAAUGUGAAGGUGUUGGUCAUUAUUGCGUACCAGUAAUUUGGACUUUGAUAAAUAUUUCAUCAUGGUAAUAUAGAGAAGAAUUAGAGCAAAAAGAUCUAAAUUAUUGUCUUGUGUUUAAAAAUAUAAUCCCCAGUGUUUUUAGAUGUCACUUCAUCUGUCUCAUUUUUCUACCUGGAAAUUAGGAGUAAUAAGAAUGCCAAGGCAGCAUGUUUACUUUUGGAAAGAACUCCGAAGGCAAAAAAGAAAAGAAAAAAAAACCUGAUGGCCAGGAUAUUAUGAAAGGAGUGUCCUAUUUCGGCACUUGAGUUGGAAGGAGAAGACUAAAGAUUUGAGUUUCAUUGUUAACUGCCUCCUGUUUUUCUCAUUAACAAUCAGUUUGCGGAUAAAGAGGAAGAAAGAACAAAACACUGCUGCUAUUGUUACUAGUUUCACAUCCAGAGGGAAGCCCUCCCAUGUGUUCUAAAAUCAGAUCUGAUUUCCACGUCAUGGAGAAGCACAUUUCUUCAUAGGCGUGGUGAUGUAGGUCAUCUUUGACCUACUGGUCGGUCAAGGAGGGGCCCUCCUUGGCCCCUGUUCUUUCCUGUUAUGCUUGAUAUGGGAUGAGUGAUUCCUUUGUUCUGGAUUGCAUGAUGGGAGAAGAUGAAAUCCAUUGGCAGAAAAGAUGAAGUUACAUAGUCAGCUCUUACAAUACUCAUAGUUAUAAUUCUCCUCUAGGAAAAUCCUAAUGUGUGAUCUUUAUAAACCAGGCUAUUUCCAUUUCCCUCAUCUCAGAUCUGAUCCAGUGACAAUAAAAUCAAUUAAAUGAAA